AUGAUGGCUACCCCGACCACCGAUGAACUUGUCCAAGCUGAUGCUGAGCUUUGGUGCCACACCUUCGCCUACCUCAAGUCCAUGGCGCUGCAAAGCGCCAUCAAGCUCGGAAUCCCCACCGCCAUCCAUCGCUGUGGCGGCGCGGCCUCCCUAUCUGUGACCUACAGGCUGCGCCACUCCCUGUCCCUGCAAGCAAAUGGCCAUGCGUACGUGUCUCGCCUCAUGAAGCUGCUAACCGUCUCGGGGAUAUUCAAAGAGGGCGAGCCAGGCGUGUACUGUCUCACGCCGGUGCCACGCCUCCUCGUGGACGACGACGCCGUCGUCGUCGACGGCGGCGGUGACGACACGGCAUGCCAGUCACAAUUCACGGUCGCGGCCACUUCGCCGUUCCAUUUCGCAGCUUCUCAGCGCCUCCCCGAGUGGCUCCAGAGCGAGGACGACCAUGCCGCGGCGGAGACGCCGUUCAUGAUGGCGCAUGGGGCGGGGUUCUUUGGCGUUGCAGGCCGUGACUUGGAGUUUGGUGCGCUGUUCAACGAGUCCAUGGCCGCCGACAGCCGCUUCGUGGUGGAGAUCCUCGCACGCCGGUGCGGCGGGACGUUUGCGGGGGUAACGUCUGUCGUCGACGUCGGAGGCGGGGACGGGACGACGGCCAAGGCCAUUGCAAAGGCCUUCCCGCAUGCGAGGUGUUCGGUGCUGAAGCUUGCCCAGGUGGUGGACAAGGUGCCGGUUCAUGGUACUGUUGAGUUUGUUGCAGGUGACAUGAUGAAGUUCGUCCCUCCGGCUGAUGUUGUGUUACUCAAGGACAAAAUUUGUGUGAGGGCCAUCCGCACAAACAUGCGGACUUAUGGCUGA